AUGGCGUGCAACCAAUACGCCAUCUUUGGUCGAUACCAAAUCUGGCUCAAUAAAAUCAGCACCAUCAUCAAUGGCUUUUUGAUAACUUUCAAGGGUGCAGAUGCUGAAACUGUUGAAGAGAGUGUUACUCAGGUUUUAGAGCAGCAAAUUAAAGGGAUCGACAAUCUGCUGUAUUUUAGUUCGAGUAGUGACUCAUCGGGUCGUGCCAGAAUUAGUAUCAGUUUUGAAAACGGAACGGAUCCAGAUACCGCACAAGUCCAAGUACAAAAUAGUAUCAAUGGUGUACUGAACCGCUUGCCAGAUGAUGUACAGCGUCAAGGUAAAAGUAACAAUAUCGAAUUAGGUGACUACUUAUCUGAUCAUAUAGAACAAGAAUUAUCACGGAUUGAAGGGAUUGGUGAAGUUGAUGUUUUCGGCUCUCAAUACGCCAUGCGAAUUUGGCUGAAUCCGAAUUUACUGCGUCAAUAUCAAUUGAUGCCGAGUGAUAUUCGCACAGCAAUAGAAGCACAGAAUACACAGGUUGCAGCUGGUGGCGUCGAUGGUAGCUAUAUCUAUUUAAAAGAUGUGGCGCGUAUUGAGUUGGGUGCAGAAAAUUAUCAGUCUUUUAAUACCAUUAAUGGUUACCCUUCAUCGGGCAUGGGGAUUUCUUUAUCCUCUGGUGCAAAUGCUUUAGCAACAUCUGCACUCAUCAAAGCUGAAUUGGCGAAGAUUUCUGAAAAAUUACCUCAAGGUUAUAAGAUUGUUUAUCCACGUGAUAACACGCCGUUUGUGCAAGAAUCAAUUAAAGAGGUGGUCAAAACCUUAUUAGAAGCCAUCGUAUUGGUGGUUCUGGUCAUGUUUAUUUUCCUACAAAGUUGGCGUGCAACGCUGGUUCCAACCAUUACUGUACCGAUUGUGAUUUUAGUGUUGGCAAUUGGUCUGUUGGUCGAUGACGCCAUUGUGGUGGUGGAAAAUGUUGAACGUUUGAUGCAUGAGCAGGGCUUAACUGCAAAACAGGCAUCUAUCGAGUCUAUGCAGGAAAUGACAGGAGCUUUGAUUGGGAUUACCGUGGUCUUGACCGCAGUAUUUAUUCCGAUGGCGUUCUUUACCGGUUCAACGGGGGUGAUUUAUCGUCAAUUCUCCAUCACCUUAGUGGCAGCUAUGGCCUUUUUUAUUCCAAGUGAAGAUCAGGGCAUGUUGAGUGUACAGUUCCGUUUAGCUGAUGGUGCACCGAUGUCGAGUAGUCAGGUGGUACACAAAAUUCUGCGCAAGCAAUUCGUGAACGUGCGACAAAGUAUUUUAGUCAAGAUCGCAAUGCUCGGAUUACAGUCAGUUUGCCUGCUUCUGUAA